UGCACUUCCUAGCCAGCUACAGGCUGUCUGCAUCUGUCUGCAUCUCAGGAGUGGUCAGAGGAAGCUCUGGAAGAUCUUGGAAGAUGGGGAAACCUGAACUGGACAAAUUUCCAAGCCAUCCUCUUCUGAUGAUGUUGGAUUCAAGGGCACCAGCAUGUGUGUGAUUGACAGUGACAGAGAUGGGAAGAGGAAAAGAUCCUCUAAGGAUGAAAAUCUGGAAUUGAGGCUCAGAAGAAAUAUGAUGCCUGAAGAGCUGGAGAAGAAAAGACAGGAGAUUUUAGUCAAGGCCAAGCAGAGGCGUCGUGACAGAUGUUUACUUCCUCUGAGGCUGACCAGCUGCAUUUUCCAGAAGCCAGUCACAAGGAUAACCUCUCAUCCUGGCAAUGUGGUCAAAAGACGUCGAUGCGAGGAGACCCUGGAAAAGCCCCAGCAAACCUUUGCAUUCCGGAGACUGCAGGGACUCCAAGCCUACAGCCCUGAAGGAGAACCUUUCAGGACCAUGGACAGCGCAAACGUUUCCGGAAUCAUUGUCCAGCGUGGUGCCGGUGAAUCCCUGGGUCGUGCUGGUGCCUCGUCUCUGCACACUAGCCCUGAGCCCAUCCUUGCCCAGUCUUCAGAUGGGGCAGAGCUCAACCCAAGGUUGGGGCUCUUUCUCCCACACGCCCUCUGCAGACGACCGGUAACAGAUGCAGAUAUUCGCCGACAGUCUCGAAAAGUGAAGAGAGCAAGGGAGAGAUUGACUAUGGCCUUGAGGGCAGAUGGGCUUGCCAGGGAGGCAAAGAGAGCCAGGAGCCAGAAAAAAUGUUCCUGAGAACUGAAGGAAAAAUAGGAAACGAUUAUCCUGAGAAAGUUGAAUGGUGUGGUCCCUGGGAAGUGGUUCAUGGUGGGGUGUGGGGGGCGACAGCCCCCCAUUCUACUUGCCACUUUUACUGUCAACCCUGUUUCUGGACUACGAUGCUUUGUUACAUUAACUUUGUACUCUAUUAUAAAGUCUUGGUGAACAAAAA